CCACAAGGCUUAGACUUUCUCACCACCAAAGCAGUCCUGGUUGUUUGAAAUCCUCCCAGAGCAAGGGCCUCCUUUAGCUAAGCUCUGACUUCCUUCACCUCCUUAAUAAUUCACCUGGCUUGACUUCAGCAGGAACCUGAUGGCUCCCCUGUCACUUUCUUAAUGAAACAUCCUUGAAGUUUGCAGGAGUCUCCGGCCAACUUGUCCCUCAGUUCCACACAACUGUCCUGAGCCCAGGAUGGGGGAGGAGGCUGGAAUGAACCUGCAGCCCUCGGAAGACCAUGGUGGCCUGCGACCUCCAAGCUCCCGAGGACACGAAGAAGACAGCAGUUUGGGAAGCCGUUCCAGUGAGUGGGGAGAUACACAAGACCUGGAGACGCUCCGUCGCCCCGCUUUACUUCCAGUGGCCCUCUGUGGCUCUCAGGAGGGACUGUCACCAUGCCACCUAUUGACAGUGAGGAUCAUCCGGAUGAGAAAUGUCCGGCAGGCUGAUAUAUUGAGCCAAACAGACUGCUUUGUGAGUCUCUGGCUUCCCACUGCCUCUCAGCAGAAGCUGAGGACCAGGACCAUCUCCAACUGCCCAAACCCAGAGUGGAAUGAAACCUUCAGCUUCCACAUCCAGAGCAAAGUGAAGAAUGUGCUAGAGCUGAGCAUCUGUGAUGAAGACACAGUAACACCCAACGACCAUCUCUUGACAGUUCUCUAUGACCUCUCCAAGCUCUGCUUCCGGAAGAAAGUCCAUGUGAAGUUCCCAUUUGACCUAAAGGGCUCCGAAGAGCUGGAGGUGGAGUUCCUGCUGUCAGAGAGUGCCUCUUCGCCGGAGACCCUGCUCACCAAUGGAGUGCUUGUGGUAAUCUUCCUUCUGUCCCUAUUUCAGGGCCCUGCCCUAAAGACAAACAGGGACUCUGAGGUGCUGCAACCAAAUCCCCAACCACUGAAACACCUGUUUGUGACAGUGACUGAAUCCUUUGAGAACAGCCAGCACAUCUCACCCCGCAGGGAACCCUGCUGCUCAGACCCCGUCUCCUUCCACUACCCUAAGUACUUCCAGCCCCGCUUGGAGGUGACUGUGCCCAAGAGUCACUGGGACUGUUUGUUUGACUGCUGCAGUGCACACAAGAAUGGUCCUGUCUGCCAGCCCCUCAACUGCCUUUCUGAUGGGCAAGCUGCAGUCCUGCCUGUGGGUGAGAAUUAUGAAUUACAUAUGAAGUCCACAUCCUGCCCUGACACGCCAGAUGUACGACUGGGCUUCAACCUGUGUCCUGAAGAGCUGGAAUUUCUGGAAAAGCGGAGGGUGGUGGUGGCCAAAGCGCUGAAACAAGUGCUGCAACUGGAAGAGGACUUGACCGAGGAUGAGGUACCACUAAUAGCCAUCAUGGCCACCGGAGGUGGAGCAAGGUCCAUGACUGCCAUGUAUGGCCACCUGCUGGGACUGCAGAAGCUGAACCUCCUGAACUGCAGCAGUUACAUCACUGGCUUGUCUGGGGCUACCUGGACCAUGGCGACCUUGUACCAUGACCCCGAAUGGUCCUCCAAAAACCUAGAGCCUGCUGUCUUUGAGGCCCGGAGACAUGCCGUCAAAGACAAGAUGCCCUCCCUAUUCCCAGACCAGCUAUUCAAAUUCAAGGAGGAACUCCGGCAGCGCAGCCAGGAAGGCUACAAGGUCACCUUCACAGACUUCUGGGGCCUGCUGCUUGAGACCUGUCUAAGGGAUGAGAGUAGUGAGUACAAACUGUCAGACCAGCGUGCUGCUGUAUGCCAGGGCCAGAACCCCCUGCCCAUCUACCUCACCAUCAAUGUCAAGGAUGAUGUAAGCAACCAGGACUUCAGAGAGUGGUUCGAGUUCUCCCCCUACGAGGUGGGCAUGCAGAAGUAUGGGGCCUUCAUCCCCACCGAGCUUUUCGGCUCUGAGUUCUUCAUGGGACGGCUGAUGAAGAGGAUCCCCGAGUCGCGAAUGUGCUACCUGCUAGGUUUAUGGAGCAGCAUCUUUUCCCUGAACCUGCUGGAUGCCUGGAAUCUGAGCAAUACCUCAGAAGAGUUUUUCCACACAUGGACGAGGGAGGAAAGACAUGACAUCGUAGAUGAACCCCUCCUGCCUGAAAUCCCCAAAUAUGAUGCUAAUGUCCUGGAGACCUCGGUAGUGACCCCAGCGUCCUGGCUAUCCAAUACUUUCCGAGAGAUCCUCACCUACCGGUCCUUUGUGUCUGAGUUCCACAACUUCAUGUAUGGGCUGCACCUGCACAAUGACUAUCUCCAAAACAGCCAGUUCCAGAAGUGGAAAGACACUGUGCUGGACACCUUUCCAAACCAGCUGACAGAAUUUUCAAAACACUUGUGCCUGCUGGACACAGCAUUCUUUGUCAACUCCAGCUGUGCACCUCUCCUCAGGCAAGAGAGAAAAGUCGACCUCAUCAUCCACCUCAAUUACUGUGCAGGGUCCCAGACAAAGCCUAUGAAACAGACCUGCGAGUACUGCACCAAGCAGGGCAUCCCUUUCCCCAGCUAUGACAUCCAGGAUGAUGACCAAAACCUCCAGGAGUGCUACCUGAUGGAGCAGACUGAGGAUCCCAAUGUCCCCAUUGUGGCUUUCUUCCCACUCAUCAGUGACACCUUCCAGAAGUACAAGGCACCAGGUGUGGAGCGGAGCCCUGAAGAGAUGGAGCUGGGCCAGGUUGACAUUUAUGGCCCCAAAACUCCCUACGCCACCAAGGAGCUGACAUACACAGAGGCUGCCUUUGACAAGCUAGUGAAGCUCUCCGAGUACAACAUCCUGAAUAACAAAGACAAGCUCCUCCAGGCCCUGCGCCUGGCAGUGGAGAAGAAGAAACGCCUGAAGAGCCAGUGUCCCUCCUAGGCCCAGGGAGCCCCACCGGUCCUGCGUCUGCCUCUGCUCUCCGAGCUGCCGCUAUGGCAGCUGCACCACCAGCCCUGAUCUCUGGCCAGGAAUGCAGGCAGGUGGCCUUGGCCUUUCACCCAAAAACAUCACAAGAAGAGGAGAGAGGAGCCAUACUGGGGUUUUAUACCUCUGGGAUUUCUCUCCUCACUUUCCUACAGGGAAAAGUGGUGGUCAGGGACUCCCAGCAUUCUCCUCAAGCAGGAAGAGAAGGGUAGCCUGAGAGAGGGGCUGGUUCCCAAGAACCUCAGGCUUUAGCUCUCCUCUCCCUUCUCCACAGUGAGGUGCUUGGGAGGACUGAGAAGGACUCCUAAUUUCUCGGCAAAAAUGCUUUACCAAUUUUAAGGUAAUUGCAUUCUUAUAUUUAUCAUCAAAAUAUUUUAUGAUUUUGAAUUUUAUGAAUCAGAGUAUUAGUUGGAAGCCUGAUGCUAGGAAAUCUAAAUGGAGAACUAGGGACAUCCUAGUGUCUGCACCAACAAAGCCAUCAGGUGGCCCAUGGUGCCCGCAGAGAAGCUGGGGCUGCUGAUGCAUGCCCGUGAUCCCAACCAGGCAGCCAUGGUUAGGCACCCAGAGCCAACAAAAUGCCAAGCAAAGUGUGGGCCCUCAGAGUGGGGAUCUAACCUGGGGAUCUGGGCAGGCUGCAAAGGACUGCUUCAGGUAAGCAGAGGCCCAGUGCUGCCAGCACCCUUCUCCUCUCUCCCUUGCUCCCCUGGCCAUCUGAUUUAUAGAGGAGAUUAUUUCUAAAUGUGAUGUCUCUAAUUUAUCAUGGAAAUUCCGAGGCCAGUACACUCCAGCACUUGGAGAAAGAAGGGAGCAAGAGGUAACUUAGACAGGCCAGGAUAGCCCUCCCAGAAAGAGCUACUCCCCCUGUCCCCUUCAGAGAUGGCUUCCCAUCAAAUCCGGGGAAAGCCUUGGGACACAGAGAAGCCCAAUCAAUGUGACCAGGUCUCCCUGCAGGUCAGGGACUUAAAUGAAGAAAGGUUUUACCACUGGUGUGCCCAGGCUGAUGGACACAGAAGGGCAGAAAGAAAGUCAUAUGGUCUGGGCAGGGCCCAGCAAACCCUUUGCGGCCCACUCUGUUCACUAAGCAGUCCUUUGUUGUUGGGAGAUGAAUGGUGGCAGGUACUCCAAACUUAGAAAAAUAGGGUGUCAUUACAUCCUUGCUGCUGAGAGUGUGGUGGGGAGCUGGUUAGCAAUACGGGUUCUCAGGCACUACCCAGCCACACGGAAUGGAACUGCACUGUAAAGAGGCUCAGGUCUCCUGUCACACACCACCCCACCCCUAUGUGGUUCCUGGGUGAGUUAAAGUUGGAAAAGAAGCUGGGCUCCCAGCGUAGUGGCACAUGCCCAUAGUCGCAAGGAUACCAUGUGACGAGCAGGUAUAACCCAGGCUCUUGUGCACAAUGAGCAAUGAACUGCAAAAGUACACCAAGUGAAAAGCAGCUAUGUUGAGUGAAGAUCACAUAAAGUUGUGCUUAGGGCAAGUCGAUGCCAGUGAAAGCUAUGGCACAGAGAUGCACUGCCAUCACCAUGCCGGCGUGAUGGGAAAGGAAAAGCACUGCUCAUGAAACACAGCACACAGCAGCAGCCACUCAUAAGUCAGG